CUGCGCUUUCUCUUUCUCUCAAAAACCCUAACAUUCUCCAAUUUCGCUAUUCUCUCGCCAAUGGAAGCAGCAUUCCCAGAAGCUGGCGGCGGAGAAGAGGACACCAACAUCGACGUGCACACCACGCGCGGCACUCCCAUUCGCUACCUUCCACUCGAUCACCUUUACUCCGCCACGUCACCCUGCCGCGUCACCGCCAGUGGCUCCUCCAAUGUCAUGUCGAAGAAGGUCAAGGCUCGCAAGCUCACUCUCAACCAUUUCAACCACACCGAAAACGCGCAGCCUCUCGAUCAUCAGAGCAACAAGAAAACCACGCCGUCGCUGUCGCUUCCCAAGCCACCUCUCAUUUAUGUCUACUCUCGCCGGCGCAAGAGGCGUUUCUCUCCCACGGUGUCGUUUUGCGAUUCGCCCGCGGGUCGGGUUGAGUCCGUGAACAAGGAAUCUGAUGGCGAGAGGAGGUUGCUGAAGAAGAGGAAAACUGGGACCACUGAGUUGGAGAAGUUGGGCGUUGAUUUGAAUACUGCGAUUGGGAGCGUCGAUGGGCCUCGAUUGAGGGAAUGUCGCGGCCAAUUGGGGAAUUCUGUGGUUGCUGGGAACGUUAAGUGUGGUUCCUUGGAGAAGUUACCCAAGUUGCUGCCUGAAUCUCGUUCCGUGAAGAGAUGGUUGGGGUUGAGUUUUGAUAAUGCUGAUCCGGAGGCAUUUGUCGGAUUGCGAUGCAAGGUUUAUUGGCCCAUAGAUUUAAGAUCAUACACUGGCUAUGUCAAAGGUUACGAUAAGGAAACUAAGACUCAUCACGUCAAGUAUGACGACGGCGACGAGGAAAAUUUAACUCUUUCAGAUGAAAAUGUAAAAUUCCAUGUUUCCCGUGAUGAGACAAAACGUUUAAAAUUGAAUUAUGCCAAAGUUCGUGACAGUAAUGUCUCUGAUUAUGACAUUGAAGAGAUGCUUGCAUUGGCUGCAAGUUUGGAUGAUUGUCAAGACUUUGAGCCAGGGGAUAUCAUAUGGGCCAAGCUAACUGGUCAUGCAAUGUGGCCAGCUGUUGUUCUGGAUGAAUUGCUUGCUAGCAACUGUAAGGGUUUAAAAACAUAUAUAGGAGGAAGAUCAGUUCCUGUCCAAUUUUUUGGCACCCAUGACUUUGCAAGGGUUAGACUGCAACAGGUGAAAUCAUUUCUCAGUGGACUUCUUACUGAUCUACACUCAAAAUGCAAGAAACAUAGUUUUAUUGAGGGUUUAGAAGAGGCUAAAAGGUACUUAAGUGAACAGAAGCUUCCUUUAGAGAUGCUAGAGUUGCAGAAAAGAUGUACAGCUGAUGACUGUAACAAUGUAAGUGGAGAGGUUGAAGGAUGUACAGAUUCAGGUGAUGAUUGUUUGAAUGACAAGGGGAUAUGGCCAGCACAGGAGAACACUGAAACUUUUCCCUAUGAAGUAGGAGACAUGCAAAUUCUAAAUCUUGGAAAAAUAGUUGAAGAUUCUGCAUCUUUUGGAGAUGGAAGAUUCAUCUGGCCUGAAGGGUACACAGCAGUGAGGAAGUUCACUUCAGUUUCCGACCCUAAAGUAUCUGUCCCUUACAAGAUGGAGGUGUUGAGAGAUCCAGAAUCCAAACUCCGACCACUUUUUAGAGUGACAGUUGAUGGUAGUGAGCAGUUCAAUGGUUAUACACCAUCUGCUUGCUGGAAUCAGGUAUACAAAAGGAUAAAGAAAGUGGAAAAGGAUGCUUCUGAAGGUACUGUUGCUGAAAGUGGAGUAGAAAAGGGUUAUGAAUCUGGGUCAGAUAUGUUCGGUUUCUCCAAUCCUGAAGUGGCUAAACUUAUACAGGGAUUGUCUAAAUCAAAAAUUUCUUCGAAGAACUUAGGUUCCAGAAGAUAUAAUGACCUGCCUCUUGGUUAUAGACAGGUUCAUAUUAACUGGUUUGACCUUGAUAAGUGCAAUGUGUGCCACAUGGAUGAGGAGUACGAGAACAAUCUGUUUCUGCAGUGUGACAAAUGCAGAAUGAUGGUUCAUGCUAGAUGCUAUGGAGAACUGGAACCUGUUAAUGGAGUGCUAUGGUUAUGCAACUUAUGUCGAUCGGGUGCUCCUCCCCCACCUUGCUGCUUAUGUCCACUCAUAGGUGGUGCAAUGAAGCCUACAACUGAUGGCCGGUGGGCUCAUUUGGCUUGUGCCAUGUGGAUACCUGAAACAUGCUUAGCUGAUGUCAAGAAAAUGGAGCCUAUUGAUGGUUUGAGUAGAAUUAGUAAGGACCGCUGGAAGUUGUUAUGCAGCAUAUGCGGUGUUUCUUAUGGUGCCUGCAUCCAAUGUUCAAAUAGUUCUUGUCGAGUGGCAUAUCAUCCACUUUGUGCACGUGCAGCUGGUCUCUGUGUUGAGCUUGAGAACGAGGACAGGUUAUAUCUACUUUCUGUUGAUGAUGACGAAGACCAGUGCAUUCGCUUACUUUCUUUCUGCAAGAAACAUAGGCAGCCAUCUAAUGAUCAUUCUGUUGCUGAUGAACGUAUUGUUCGAGUUGCUGGUCAGUGUUCAGACUAUGAACCACCACCCAAUCCAUCUGGUUGUGCUCGAAGUGAGCCAUAUGAUUACUUUGGCAGGAGAGGCCGAAAAGAACCUGAAGCACUUGCAGCUGCAUCGUUGAAACGUUUGUUUGUGGAGAAUCAACCUUACUUAGUAGGUGGAUACUGCCAACAUGGAUCGUUAAACAACCCAGAGCCUUCUGGCAGAGGAGUCUGCUCAAAAUUCUUUUGUAGAAGGCUGAAAACCUCUCUGACUGACAAUUCAAACAGCAUACUUUCUACUGCUGAAAAAUACAAGUACAUGCGGGAAACAUUUCGGAAACAGCUGGCAUUUGGGAAAUCAAGAAUUCAUGGAUUUGGCAUCUUUGCAAAGCAUCCAUAUAAAGGUGGAGACAUGGUGAUUGAAUACACUGGUGAACUUGUUAGACCUCCUAUAGCUGACCGGAGAGAGCACUUCAUAUACAAUUCAUUGGUGGGUGCUGGAACCUAUAUGUUUCGGAUUGAUGAUGAAAGAGUCAUUGAUGCUACCAGAGCGGGAAGCAUUGCUCAUUUAAUUAAUCAUUCUUGUGCACCGAAUUGCUAUUCAAGAGUUAUAAGUGUUAAUGGCGAUGAGCAUAUUAUAAUAUUUGCUAAGAGGGACAUCAAACAGUGGGAAGAGCUUACAUAUGAUUAUAGAUUUUUUUCAAUUGAUGAACGGCUUGCUUGUUACUGCGGCUUCCCAAAGUGCCGGGGUAUAGUAAAUGAUACUGAGGCAGAAGAACGGGCUGCUACCCUGUAUGCACCACGAAGUGAAUUGAUAGAUUGGAAAGGAGAAUAAGUUUAACAAUUAUGGCAUCUUCCACCUGACCAAAUAACGCAUCUGUUGGUUCACCAAAAGCCGCCUCUUAUUGCUGCAGCAUUAGUAUCAGUGGCUUUUUUACAGCAUUAACGUAGCAUGGCAGUGGAACAGUUUGAAAGAUUUAAACAAUGGGAGGAGUGUCACAUGUGACUUCUGUAAAAAAAACUACUAGCGAAGGAAUCACUAGAACAAAAAGACAAAAUGGGAAUUAGGGGAGAUGUCAAUGCUGUAAGAAAACUCCACUAAGUUAAGAUGUUAAAGGAAGCCUUCGAGAAAAAAAAAAUGGGAGAAAAGGAUUCAUAGUUGAAUGAGUUGCAAGAAGAUUAAAACGAAGAAGAGGGGCAGGGAAUUACGAGUAUUCAACGUGGAAAAAGGCCAGUAACAUUAUCAAAUUAGGCCUUUUGCCUGCUGCCAUGAAAACUGAAAAUGUAAAGGCCUCAUGGAUUUACUUCUUUCUAAAAAUAAAAAAAUAACUAAGAAAUUGAUCUUGAUGCUGAAGUGAUGGAAGGACUUCGUCAAUGCAUUGAAUGACUUAGUGAAAAUGAAGAAGUUGCGGAUAUGAUUUCUAAUAAAUUGUCAAUAUAUAAGAGUGUUGGAGGUUUCAUUUGGUUGAAAGCAGAAAUAAGGCAAAGGACCACGACAAUUUCUGGUAAGUGGAAGUGUAAUUUUUCUUUUUGACAUAAAUUUAUUUACAUAAAAUUGCAUAACAAGCUGAUACAUUAUAUUAUAGUAUUGAGCUCGACUCAUGGUUCAUUGGGAUGCCGGCAUUAUUGGAGUACUUUUCAACAUGUAGGUUAAUAUUAAAUAAUUUAAAUUUAUAGAAUUAAGUUGCAAGACUUGAUUUACGUUACCCAGUACUAAAAGAACACUAUGACAGUUGUCAUGUUAUUGAUCCCAUUCUUUUAGAUGAUAUUUAUGAUAUUAACGAGUGGCUAGUGGAAAAAAUGGGUAGAGAUGGUGAAUAUGCUGAAAAUGAUUUGAUUUUUAGUUCUGAUAGCUUAACUUGGGAGCUAUUGCUAAUAUAAUCGAGGCUAAAAAAUCUCUAACCUUCACUAAGCAACAAACAAGAAUGAGAGAAGUUUCAUCAAAGUCUUCAACCUCUAGAGAAAGUAGAAAAAGAAAGGAAGUCAUUUAAGAAGAUUAUGAAGUCACAGAAAUUGAUGAAGGAGCUUAAGAUGAUAAAGAAGAAGAAAUCUAUCACUGUAAUGGUGAAAGUGAUAAAAAUAAAAACUUGAAGAGGAUGAUCGACGAUUCCUAUGAAGAAAUUUUUUUUUAGAUCUUCUAUGUUUUGUUACUUUUAAGCUUAAAGUUUAUUUCCUUGACUUUUGUUGCUAUAAACGUGUAUGUUUUGUUUAAGAUUUAUGAUUUUUUUUUUGUAAUUAUGAAUAUACAUGAAUUCAGAGUUCUAAUAUUUAUUUUCUAAAUUUUGG